CUUCCCACACGUCUUGUGGGGUUAGCGAAGCCCCGGGUAACCUUCCCACGCGUCUUCCGGGGUUAGCGAAGCCCCGGGUAACCUUCCCACACGUCUUGUGGGGUUAGCGAAGCCCCGGGUAACCUUCCCACGCGUCUUGCGGGGUUAGCGAAGCACCAGGUAACCUUCCCACGCGUCUGGCGGGGUUGGCAAAGCCCCGGGUAACCUUCCCACACGUCUUGUGGGGUUAGCGAAGCCCCGGGUAACCUUCCCACACGUCUUGUGGGGUUAGCGAAGCCCCGGGUAACCUUCCCACGCGUCUUCCGGGGUUAGCGAAGCCCCGGGUAACCUUCCCACACGUCUUGUGGGGUUAGCGAAGCCCCGGGUAACCUUCCCACGCGUCUUGCGGGGUUAGCGAAGCACCAGGUAACCUUCCCACGCGUCUGGCGGGGUUGGCAAAGCCCCGGGUAACCUUCCCACACGUCUUGUGGGGUUAGCGAAGCCCCGGGUAACCUUCCCACACGUCUUGUGGGGUUAGCGAAGCCCCGGGUAACCUUCCCACGCGUCUUCCGGGGUUAGCGAAGCCCCGGGUAACCUUCCCACACGUCUUGUGGGGUUAGCGAAGCCCCGGGUAACCUUCCCACGCGUCUUGCGGGGUUAGCGAAGCACCAGGUAACCUUCCCACGCGUCUGGCGGGGUUGGCAAAGCCCCGGGUAACCUUCCCACACGUCUUGUGGGGUUAGCGAAGCCCCGGGUAACCUUCCCACGCGUCUUGCGGGGUUAGCGAAGCCCCGGGUAACCUUCCCACGCGUCUGGCGGGGUUGGCAAAUCCCUGGGUAACCUUCCCACGCGUCUUGCGGGGUUAGCGAAGCGCCAGGUAACCUUCCCACGCGUCUGGCGGGGUUAGCGAAGCCCCGGGUAACCUUCCCACGCGUCUUGCGGGGUUAGCGAAGCCCCAGGUAACCUUCCCACACGUCUUGUGGGGUUAGCGAAGCCCCGGGUAACCUUCCCACACGUCUUGCGGGGUUAGCGAAGCGCCAGGUAACCUUCCCACGCGUCUGGCGGGGUUGGCAAAGCCCCGGGUAACCUUCCCACGCGUCUUGUGGGGUUAGCGAAGCCCCGGGUAAUCUUCCCACACGUCUUGUGGGGUUGGCAAAGCCCCGGGUAACCUUCCCACACGUCUUGUGGGGUUGGCAAAGCCCCGGGUAACCUUCCCACGCGUCUUGCGGGGUUAGCGAAGCGCCAGGUAACCUUCCCACGCGUCUGGCGGGGUUGGCAAAGCCCUGGGUAACCUUCCCACGCGUCUUGCGGGAUUAGCGAAGGCCCGGGUAACCUUCCCACGUGUCUUGUGGGGUUAGCGAAGCGCCGGGUAACCUUCCCACGCGUCUGGCGGGGUUGGCAAAGCCCCAGGUAACCUUCCCACGCGUCUUGCGGGGUUAGCGAAGCGCCAGGUAAUCUUCCCACAUGUCUUGCGGGGUUGGCCAAGCCCCAGGUAACCUUCUGGCGGGGUUGGCGAAGAUAAAGCACGGAGCACCUUCCACCAGGGCUUUCUUUAUAUCCGGCUUCUUUAUACUGAUUUUCCUUUUGAACAAGAGUUUCUUUCAUAAUGUUUAGGACACACCUAAAUGAUGCUUUUAUGUAGUGCUUUAAUCCACAGAACUUUUGAAUGUGUGUCUCUCUCUCACCCAUUCACACACACACUCACACAUUGUUUGUAUUUUUUUAGCUAAGCUGUAGAUGGUUAAGUAACAAUUGAUGACAUUAUUAUGUAAAAGUUUAAUAGCAGUAACUCACUCAUGUAUGUUGUUUUUUCUCUCUAUAAAAGUUAGAUGUCUGUACCAGACAAGGUCUUCAGGAUUAUACACACUACAUCAACCUGCCUGCAAGAAGCACUGACGUGGACGACAGACUCUACAUCCAGGAUUUCCAUGAAGACAGAGAAGAUGUGUUUCCUCCGGAGGAGAUAAGAAAGACGAAUGGCUACAGGACCAGAUGGAGAGCGGACUCUGUGUUUUCUGGAGCAGCUGAGAGUGGACAUCAAUCAAGCAAUCGUCCCAGGAAGCCACAGCAUGACCAAGCAAUGUGAAGACCGAGAGAGUACACCGCCACCCUCUUCAACCACCGCUCAAGAGAAUGAGGAGCUCCCCGGCCCUACCGGCCCGGAGGACGUUGCUUCCAUCUGCUUCUUCUGUUCUGGGUUGAGCCGUAAGCGGCCUCUGUUUAAUGGAUAUGAAAAGGAGCCUCUGCUGUACAAGAAGAAAUGUGUGGGGAGUCUGAAAUCUCUACUUGACAGAUAUCAGACUGACCAAGCCACAGAACAUGCCAGACUGAAGACAAGCUGUGGACACCCUUGCACAUGUGAAGCCUGUGUGAAUGGAGGAACAAAACAUUUGACUGACGCUGACAGCUUCUUUGAGCAGAUUUCGUCCUGGGCUGACACACAACACUCUGUGAAUAACGUAUUGGAGCGCCUCAAGUACAGACAAGCCACUGAUGACAUUUACCUCAGCGACUCAGUCAACAAGAAAUUUCUGGAGUUUCACAGUGACAUAACUGAGGAAUGUGGUGCAGAAGAUAAGCAGCAUUCAUGGGCUGUUAUUGAGAAACAGGAGGAGAUUGUCAUGUACGGACCUUAUUACCCCAAUUACAACAACGGAGAACACAGCGAGGACGUCAUUAUUAAACAAACCGAGGAACUUCUGGAGACAGGGGCUGUCUCAGAAGACUGGAAAGUGUAUGUUUUCACCAUGAACAGUCCGUGUUUGGCUAGAAACACAGCUCCAUGCAUGCUGAACCUGGUUCAGAAAGCUCAGGAGUGGUGGAGAGCGCAUGGAGUGAAGACUCAUAUUGGUUAUGUGAAAUGCUGGGGCUUCAAAGGUGCUAAGGAAAAUCUGUUCAGGGAUAUUAACUACAGCCAAGUGGACUGUAUACAUCAGACUGAGGACUAUGAGAGCUAUGUUAAAGCAGCUGAAAAGAGCACUGAUCUUAAACCUUUAUGUGAAAAUCUGUUUUCUGCUGUUAAACACCUCCUGAGAUCUGUGAGUGUCCCUAUGAUAAACACUGUGCAAGAGCAGGACUGGAAGAGCUACUUCAAGAGUAUGCAUAGUAUUUUUGAAUGCAAACUAGAAGAAGAGAAAAAAAUCUUCACAGAGGAGGUGAACGCCGUGAUCGAAGCUGCACAGGCUCUGCUUCCAGAAAAAAGUGGAUUCUUUGAGGAAUGUUUAGAAAAGGGACAGGCUUUUGCAUUUGAUUACACUUUUAGUUCCCAAGUAUCUCACGCCAUCCAGGAUCACAUGAGACUCACGUUUCAACAGUGUUGGAAGGAGAUGGUACAGGACAAAUAUGCUGAGUUCACCAGGGAGAAGCUGACUGAAGACUUCAACCAAUGCACCAUCCAGCUUUUUAUCAAAGAUAUUCUAAAGCUCACAACAGAAUACUUACAAAUUGGAAGGAUACAGUUUUCAGAAAAAUCCCCACAAGGUGUCAAAAAAUAAACUCGCUGACAAGGUGAUGAGAAAGUUAGGACUAAAUAUUUCACAAAUGUUUGGUAUGCGUUUGACGUGAAUGACACCAAACACCAUACCUACCAACUGCAUUAUGUCAGAAUGCUUUGUCUUUAUUAGUUUCCUCAGUAAGGCUACAGUUGCAUACUGAGGGAGGACAUCAGGUAGUGUUAGUACACACCGAGAAAGUCCACAUACAUGUCCAUCUCCCACUGUGUCUUUACUUACAAUAUAUCACAAAUAGUGUAUUACAAUUAUACUGGAGUGGAUUUGUUUUUUGUUUUGCAUAUAUGGUCAUAUAUUUGUUAUUCUGGAAAAUUCAAUGUAGCAAUAAACCACAUUUACACAUGUUGCCUCCAUGCUUGCCACAAUCAAAUAAACAAACUGUACAAUCUUGAUACAAUACAUCUUCAUAAGGUUUAUCAAACCUUCAGCUAAUGAAUGAUAAUUGUGUGGCUUGGGGUUGAGCCUAAAACAAUAAAUACUGGCAGGAUUUUGGAAAGCAUUAAAGAAUGUGCAAGUUUUCUUGUGGAGGCACAUCUGCACUUGUGUCAGCAGAGGGAGCUGUGGGCCAUCACUUCCACCCCACAUUCAUCAAGUGCAACUUACUUGCCACAUAGGUAGUUUAUCAUGUAUUUGUUGAUAGAGGUGUCAAUACUGACAAGUAUUGGUCAUAGUUUAAAUCAAACACACGGUUCAGGCAACUGAUCCAGAAACAACAGGGAGCUGUUCCUAUUGCACUGAGUAGGAGACUGUGUUUACUGAAGUUCAUAUCACUGGUGUUGAGGAGUGAUGAAUGUCUUGAGCAGUUCUCUUUUAGCUGCAGUAAGAAAUGCUCCUGGUUUAGCUUGCAGAAUUAGAUGCACACACAUGUACAUAACACUCAUGAGUAUAUCACAAAUAAUACUUGACUGUAAUCUGUCACUGCUAAUUUUGGGAAAUGUUUAAAGGGUCAGUCCACACAGAUGACAAAUCACACACGUGUUUUUCCAUUCACCUUUGCUGGUAUUUUGAUGUACAAAGAGUUUUAUUUUCAAACUGAGCCGCCCUACAACUAAGAUGACUACAUGCUAGUGAGUGGUGCUCUACUAAUGGACAUCCUUUGAAAAACUCAAUAGCAAAGUGCUUGACCAGAUUCUCUACACAGACCUCACCACCUUUGAAGGUCUGCGGAAUAUGUAGUAGCCAGCACAUUGUUUGUUCUGUGUUUUUUAAAUAUAAUUUUCAAUGCUUUUAGCACCACAAACAAACAUCUCAUUCACCUCCAUUCCAAUGUGGUAUAAAGUUAAAACCACUUGUGAGAGAUAAAAAUACCUAAAUAUAUAUUGUGGUUUCAUAUUGUGGUUAAUGUGAACUGAUAUUUUAAGUACACUUGCUGUAGCUCCUGUAUGGCGCUACUUUUGGCAUUAAGUUGUGCUGUUGUGACUUUUUAUGUGUUUUGUGAGUCCAUUGAAUGCCAAAACUUCCAUAAU